UUUGGCUCUAGCCACGGGCUCAGAGUCUGCUUCCCCGUGUGCACGUUCUUCUCCGUCGCUUCGCCAUCUUGAUGCGUCCUGCAACGCGUUCCCUGGCUCGCAGGGCCUUCGUGGUCGGGCAAUGCCCGAUCUUGGAGGCACCGCCAACCCUGUUCGCUGCUGCAGGCGCUCGUCGUGCUUCUGUGGCUCAGGUCCAGCCUCACCUGUCAGCCCUUCUGAGCCCCACGGAUAGGCGGCAUUGCCUAUGACUCGUGGGCGGCGCCAGCUCUGCGCCCGAGGAUCGCAUGCGCGCUGUCAUCUCGCCCGCCGCCAGUGAGUCCCUGUUGUUCAGCUUCGCGGAGUGCGCCAACCACAAUUUCGAAGUCGUGCUCGAGUGCUUGGAAGACGUCCUGGCAGCAGCUGUGGCGGAAGCCGUGGCGUCGAGGGCCAUCGAGGCUGACAUUUGGCGUGCUGCCGCCCAGAGGCACCCAGACCUUGUGCAAGAGCUCGCUGAUUUCGCUGCGGCCCACUCCGAGGCGUCGUCUCCGACCCCAGCGGCCGCUUCCGCGGGCAGGAGCUCCGAGGAGGUCUUCCUGAAUUUCGCUGGCCAGACUGGAGCGGCGGAGGCGCUCCGCUGCGUGGCAGCCCACAGGAACGUUCACUUACAAUACUUUAGACUAGCGCGCCUGAUCGUGCCCUGUCGGUUGGCGUGCAUCUCAGCUCCGUGGCUCGCCUACAGCUCGACUUAAGUAGACAAAACAAUCCUUAUCUCUCACAGAAAAAACAAUUUCAGUGUGCGGCUAGGUUUUCAGUUGCAGCUCUGGUAGCAUACCGAUCUCAGGCGUCUCGAUGCUGCAGGCAAGUGUUCUUCAUCAUUCCCUGGUGAACAGUCCCAGCUCCGUAGCUUGCCUACAGCUCGGAUUAAGUGGGGAGAACGAACGUCGCCUCUCA